AUGCUGACACAGCAUCAAACGUUAGAUUUUGAUUUUAAUGCUCAACAUUUACAAGAUGGAAAUGUUCUUAUAAAAUCUGAAGACUUUCUUAAUUACUCUCCUAUGACUUCUAUUUCUCAUCAAUCUUCUCAGCAUCUGCCUAUGCAAAUUGAGCUUCCGCAAGAUGGAAUGAAUUUUGGUGGAUGGUGA